UCUCUCUCUCACUGUCUCUCUUUCUGUCUGACUCGCACGCCGCUCAAGAGUUCCAUCGUUCGUUCUUUCGUUCGUUCUUUGGACUGUAUUUUCUUGCCUCGAAUGCUCGUUGAGUUCAAGUUCCUGAAAUGAUCAUAACCCGAAAUGCAGAGCACUACUAAUAUACAAAAAAGCCCACUAUAAAAAAAGCAACUAGAGAAACAGAAGCCGAUGGGAGAACAGCCUGCAAUUAGAGUUUCAUAUAUUGUUUUUUUUGCUUAUAAUUAUAAUGUUUUUAUUGCUACUAACCAGACUGAAAUUUCCAUUAGCAACAAGCGACGUAAUACAGAAGCAGCAGUAGCAGCAACGCAACAAAAAAAAGAAGCUGCGGGCUACGUCAUCAUCGGCAAAAACAAAACAGAAAACAGAAAACAACAACAACGACAACGACAACAAAUUGCCAAGCAAUACUAAUUUGUUUUAAUUGUUAUAUUUUCUCUCUCUCUCUUCUCUUUAUCCGUUCUCUCUGUUGUCGAAUGUGUUUGCCCCUCGCCUCCUCGCUCGCCUCUCGUUUUCGCUCCUUCUAUGAUAACUGUACCUGUAACUGUGUACCUGUGCCUCUGCCUGUGCCUGUGCCUGUACCUGUACUCCACGGCACUCGACUGGCACACUUUAGUUGCCUCGAAUUGAAAUACGAACUGCACCGGGAGCCGCUGGAGUGCCUCACCAGCCGCAUCAAAUAUGAUUCGUUUAGGAUAAAAUGUUGUAGGGAAGACUUCUGCAAUAAGAAUGAGAUUAUGAAGAGGAUAUUUGAAACAGAUUUUAUGCCGGAACGCACUCUCAACAGCUGGGAACUGGUCGGGAUCAUUGUGGGUGCGACCCUCAUCAUUUGUGUGACGGGAACGACCUUCUGGUACUACUGCCAGCGCCGCAAGCGCUUGGCCAGCGGCAGACCCUUCGCCAAGGAGGACUCCGUCUACGAUCCCAUACUGAAUGGCAACACCACCAUACACGACAUCAUUGAGAUGACCACAUCUGGUUCCGGUUCGGCUGGUCUGCCGCUUUUGGUACAACGCUCCAUCGCACGCCAGGUGCAGCUGUGUCACGUGAUUGGCAAGGGACGCUUCGGAGAGGUCUGGCGUGGUCGCUGGCGCGGUGAGAAUGUGGCCGUAAAGAUCUUUUCCAGUCGCGAGGAGUGCUCUUGGUUCCGCGAGGCCGAAAUCUAUCAGACGGUAAUGCUCCGACACGAGAACAUUCUGGGCUUCAUUGCAGCGGACAACAAGGACAACGGCACUUGGACCCAGCUGUGGCUAGUCACGGACUACCAUGAGAACGGAUCGCUAUUCGACUAUCUGACUACGCACACGGUGGACACCAACACAAUGCUGAACAUGUCGCUAAGUAUCGCCACUGGCUUGGCGCAUCUGCACAUGGACAUUGUGGGCACCCGCGGCAAGCCCGCAAUCGCCCAUCGCGAUCUCAAGUCCAAGAACAUACUGGUCAAAUCGAAUCUAAGCUGCGCCAUAGGUGACCUGGGACUUGCGGUGCGCCAUGUGGAGAAGGACGAUUCGGUGGAUAUACCUUCUACACAUCGGGUUGGAACGAAGCGCUACAUGGCCCCGGAGGUGCUGGACGAAAGCAUGAAUGCCCAGCACUUUGACUCGUACAAGCGGGCGGACGUGUAUGCCUUUGGCCUGAUCCUCUGGGAGAUUGCACGGCGCUGCAACAUGGGUAUGAUCUACGAUGAGUACCAGUUGCCGUACUAUGAUGCCGUGCAGCCGGAUCCCAGCAUUGAGGAGAUGAAGAAGGUCGUUUGCAUUGAGAAGAGUCGCCCCAAUAUACCGAAUCGUUGGCACGCCUCCGAUGUGCUCCACAACAUGGCCAAGGUCAUGAAGGAGUGCUGGUAUCCGAAUCCUGUGGCGCGUCUCACUGCGCUGCGAAUCAAGAAGACCCUCGCCAGCAUCAGUGUGGAGGACAAGGUCAAGAACUGAUUGUGGCUCUAGUUCCAGCAGCUUCAGUGCCCGCCCAGUGGAAAGAGAGUGUCUGUACAUACGAGUGUGUGUGUGUGUGUGUGCAUGUGUGUGUGUACGUGUGUCUACUCCAUGCAGCAGUAACCUGUAACCUGGCCCCGCGUGACCUUAAAUGUCGUGACAGCGCCUGCGAAGCAGAUCCAGCAACCCGUUAAGAGAACAGAAAUACAAAGAAAGCUGUAAAUAUUAAGUGCUAAUUGAUCCUGCGGGAUUUCAUUGCUUUGCUUUGCUUUGUUUUUUGCCGUUUUGAGUUUUCCCACCCACCAUCCCCGACCGACCCGACAAUUGUACAUAGCUUUCGUUGACAUUUCCGCUGAGAUUUACUUAUAUUGGGGCUGCGUGAGCAAAGCGGCGCUCCAGAGGAAACUGCCGCACUGCCAUUAGUGCCACCAAUUAGGGCCUAGAUAUACAUACAUACCCACUAUACCCACAAAAGAUACCAACAUCGUAAAUAUAUUUUUUAUAAACCUUGUUUCAAAAACGAGACGAUACAACAAACGAACGAAAAAAUACAGUAAAAGACUUUGCCAAGACUGAACAGCAGAGGAAAUCAGUGAGAGAUACAUAAUUACGUAUAUUAUCAAAGUAAAUUGAAUACAGAAAAUACAGUAGAUCCGAACUGCAUGCACUUUUCGACUUCACAUUAUGAAAUAUAUAUGGAAUCGACAACGAUAACAGGAACAGCGAUGGGGGGGCGGGGGAAUCAACCAAUUUAGGCGUAGACCAACAGAAUCGUUGACCAAACUCAGGAAAUCUUCAAGUAAAAGUAAAAUUUAAACAUACAAAUCGUAAAGGUGCGCCGCCUGCUCACGCUUAGCCUGCCGCGCCCCAAAGCUAUUGCUUUGCUGUGUGCGCCUCCCAAGCUAAAUGUAUCACACAAACAUACAUAUGCAUAAAUAGCUUGGUGUAUCCAAAAUCCUGGAUCAGAGCAAUCCACUUCAAUGGUUUGCUUCUUCAUUCACGCCUCAUGGUCAUUAGUUUUGUUACAUCACCUCUACAUCCCAGUUGCAUCAGAUCCAUUAACGUAGCCGUUUUACUAUAAUCUAUUUGAUUUCUUUUUCUGUUAUAACCAAAGCUUGUUCUUCCUAUUUUUUGUAGUCAUAAAAAGAGAAAGCAAAGUAAACGAAACUAAUUGAACAUUACAAAAGUAUAUAAUCAUACGUAUUUGUAUAUUAAAUGUGAACUAUUUUUGCUUCAAUUGCAAAUUGUAAGGAACUCGAUGUUUCAUGGAAUCACCUAAGCCCAUAGUCUAAGUCUGUGAACAGAGUUUUUCGUGUUCUAGAAUAUGUUUAACAUAGCCGAGCGUUUUAUUUCCCCGAUCAAAUGCCAUAAAGCUGAAAGAGUCCAUAACCAAAUCCUCUACGAGAAUGCAAUAGUAGUUUCUAUAUACGAAAUGAUUCCUGAAACCCCCGCACACAAUCCACACAGACACCAACACAAGCUGAGAGAUUAACGUAAUCAUUAAUUUAAACAUUAAAUAAUUUCGAUGUAAGCUAUGUACCACUAAGCAUUUGUACGGAUCUUGCAUGCAAGAUUGUAACUAGAAUUAUGAUUCUAUUUUAGAAACUACUCGUAUAUAUUAAACUAUUGUUACAUUUUUGGCCUGCGAAAUUUCAUUUCCUACAUACAUAUAUUAAUUUCCUGUACGAACCAACCAGUCCGGUCUAAACAAAACCACAUAUUUCUAGCUUUUAUACAAAACACGUGCAUACAUUAUAAAAUACAAUGCAUACAUAUAUUUAGUUUUUAAAACUGUAAUUCCUGUAAUUGUAAAAUCUGUAAAUAGUCCGUGGAGUCUGUGCGUGCGAGUCAAACACAUAAAACGAGAAACAAUUUAAUGGAUCGUGUUAAAUGCUAAAUGUUUAACUGUGUUCUAAGCUAAGUUUAGGCCGAGAGUUGUUUUCAAGAGACAAAUCCAUAAGAUAGACAACCUCCGAAGGGUGUUCUUCCUACCGUUCCACCCCAACUUUGAUCCAAACCAAAAACAAUUUCCAUUGAAAACGAAAACGAAAAGAAACCUACACAAAAGACUUGAACCAUGCGCAAAAAUGUGAAACGAAAAGGAGAAAUAAAACUAACAAAAAAAUCCUAUUUUUCUUGCAAAAAGAACAUUAAUUUUUGGUAAAAACGGAGAACCUUGACGUUAUACGACUUUAUAUUAGGCUCAAGUAAUCGAAAAUUGUCUCAGCCAUAAGUGAAUGAGCGGAAGCGUUUGUAAUGUGUAUUUAUCGUAUUUGAACUGGAUCGUGAGAGAUAUAGAAAGAGAGGAGAGAGGAGGAUGGAUUUACUUGGGUGUAAUGUUAAAAACAAAAACGCGUUGAAAGUGUAAACAGAGUCUAACUUUUAGCUUUAAGCUGCGUUUUUACUGGCACUUUAAAUAAAAUACAAAAAUAAAACAAUCUGAAAAUAUUUG